GUUGUUCUGGGGCGGCGGCAGGGCGGGCGGAGGGACCGUGGCAGCUCCUCCGAGGGUCUGGGGUGUGAGGGAGGACCUCUGCCGAGAUGUUGCGGGGAGAACUGAGCCGCAGGUUAAAGCACCGUUCGGCACACGAGUGCUGUGAGCGCCGUGCGUGUCGCUUGGGGCGAAGCUCCGCGGCCGCUCGUUGACAGCAGCGCACUUUAAAAAGCGCUCGCAGUUGCGCUGCGCUUCGGGCACGCUGUCGUUUUUAAGACGUGUCGGUAUCUCCGGCACGCUGCUGCUGCUCUUACUGCCUGGGUGGCAGCUCAGCCGCCUAUACAACGUUCAGUAUGUUUCAUCUAUUGUAUGAAUAGCUUUCAGAACUCCGCACGGCCGGGCACAGCUGGAGCCAGGCGCUGCUCACACUGAGCACCUUUGCUCUGCCAGCUCUAAGAUGGCAGGGCCGGGCUGCCGAGGGCUCACCUCACACCUCGCCCCGCUGCUCUGCUUGCUGCCAAAACGGCCGAAUUCGGCUGCGGCUGCCUCGGGGUGGUUUUAAAAUAGAGGAAGUUGAAAUGUAAAGUAUAUAAAAACGGGCCGGUGCUCUCCUUUCCUGAGAAAAAGAGAUGAUGAAAGUGGGGGGUUGUGAAAGUGUGGUUGUGGAUGCAGAGGGGACGGAGCAAUUGUAAAAACGGGGUUAGCGGUGGUUGGAGCAGGAAAAUCCUUGAGGUGGUGCUCUGUCAAAUUACUUUUCAGCUUUGGAUGCAGGAAAAGUGCCUCGAUGCCCCUAAUUGCGUACUUCUGAACUCGAGCAAAAUACCUUGAAAAACAAACGCGUGUUUCCAUCUUGUUUGUAGUUGGACAGAAACGUACGCUAAUAGCUUUAGAAAUUUGGUCUGGGUAAGAAGCUUUGGACCCCGUGCUUGAGGCUCUCAGUUUGGCUGAACGUCUUCUGCUUGGAAAUGAGUGACAGGGAACUCCAGCUAUUACACAGAGGGGAGUACUUCGCAGUUUCAUUUGCUGUUUGAAGCUGAUAUGUGACAGUAUAAUGGAGGCUUGCUUAAUGCUGUGAUCGGUUACAGGGGAGGGAGGGAAAGAAGGAGGGAGGCAACCAUUAAGUACAUGGUCAUGUUUUGGGUGAGGCUGCCUUUGCUGCUUUCCCCAGUUUGCUCGUAUCUUCCUUCUGCACCUUAUGGUACGGUGUGUUUUUCCUGUGUUUGAUUUUACGUUUUGCCUUUUUUUUCUAUCUUAAAUCAACAUUUUUUUGUAUGGGCUGUGGGAAUUUGCUUGGCGUGUUGUUUCAUUUUACAAAUCCACAGAGGAAUUGAUAAAGCGACAGAGGAACCACUUGGAAAGAAACUGUUUUGAGUAGGUGGUAGAAGUUUCUUUCUGAAGGGCUCUUUAACGGAUUUGCAUCUUCCGUUUCUGUCGUGUGUUUUAUUUUCAGCUCUUAGGGCUGAGCUAACAAUUGCCUGUCGCGCUGGCAGCCAACAGCACAAGCUUUCUUCACCUCUUUCCUUCACUUCUUUUUUGUGUACCAGAUCCUAUCAAGACAUCCAGCCUUAAAAUUUCAAGCUGUCCUGUCUUUAGCUCCCAAGCCUCCACACCUUCUCUUGGGCGGAAGGGUAAGUGCUGCUGCUUUCCCUUGAGCAGGGCUUCGUGAAGGGGCAGUUCCUCUUUGAAGGCAAAGCUGCCAUGUCUGUGAGCUGCUGAGCGAGGAUGGCACAAGGACUACGGAGGCUUCUGGGGAACAGUGGUAGGAAAGAGAUACACAGCUGUCCACGUGAGAGAAACAACUCAGGAAAGAAUUUUCCUUGGUUUCUUUGAGAAGAGAAGGACCCCAGAACGCUGAUGAUCUAAGAACUACUGAAACUGCCACUUGGUUCAUUCUGUGAUCCUGCCUUUCUGCCCUGCUGCACCCUGGUGACACUGUCCAUUCUUUUCAUUUGAGAACAUUUUUCUUCUUAUGUGGAGCUGAGAGCUGGGAAUGCGUUAUUAUGGCAGCAGUUGUACAGCAGAAUGAGCUUGUGUUUGAAUUUGCCAGCAACGUCAUGGAGGAUGAGCAGCAGCUUGGUGAUCCGUCCAUCUUCCCUGCUGUCAUUGUGGAACAUGUCCCUAGUGGAGAUCUCUUAAACAAUUAUUCUGGCUUAACCUGUGUGGAUGAGCCCAGUGACAUGAUCACUGAGAAUUCUCUAGAUGUUGCAGAGGAACAAAUCAUCGAAGAUGAUGAUAUCCCCCUCACAGUUGAAACAUCGUGUCAUAAUGGAGAUGAAACUAUGGAAACAAUUGAGGCUGCUGAAGCACUUCUCAAUAUGGACUCCCCUGGUCCUAUGUUGGAUGAAAAAAGAAUAACAGCUAUGUUUGGCUCAACUGAAGAUGAAGAUAUAGUGGCUCCUAUUACACAUGUAUCAGUCACUCUUGAUGGGAUCCCCGAGGUUGUGGAAGUUCACCAAGCCCCAGACCCUUAUGCUGAGUCACCAGAGACUCCAGAAUUUGAACAACCAAAGAAGAAAAAGGGGAAGAAGCCAAAACCCUCUCGUCCUGAGUCCCCUACAACAACUCCAAACAUAUCUGUGAAAAAGAAAAACAAAGACGGAAAGGGAAACACAAUUUAUCUCUGGGAGUUUUUACUAGCACUGCUUCAGGACAAAGCUACGUGUCCUAAGUAUAUCAAAUGGACUCAAAGAGAGAAGGGCAUUUUCAAACUUGUAGAUUCCAAGGCCGUGUCCAGAUUGUGGGGAAAACACAAAAACAAGCCUGACAUGAAUUAUGAAACAAUGGGUAGAGCUCUCAGAUAUUAUUACCAAAGAGGAAUACUGGCUAAAGUAGAAGGUCAGCGCCUAGUGUAUCAGUUUAAGGAAAUGCCAAAAGAUCUCGUCUAUAUAGAUGAUGAAGAUGCAAGUCCUAGCACUGAAUCAUCAGAUUCAAGUUUGAUCUCAACUCCUGUGGCCAGUAGAAACCAGUCGAGCAGAUCUAGAGCAUCUGCAAACACAGGAACAAAGGGAGGAUCCACCACAGUUCUAAAAACAGGAAACUCAAAGCCUGCUAAGCUUAAGGAGCACGUAGAAGUUGUACAGCAGCAGACACCUGGCUUGACUUCAGAAGUUUUGAGGACAAUGCAGUCUACGCAGCCAGUACAUCCCACUCAGCUUUUUCGGACAGUUCACGUAAUGCAGCCAUUGCAUACCCUCACAGAAGGACAUGCAGCUGUAACCAGUAACGUUCCAGAUGAAACGUUAAAUCCCUCAGUUCAGAAUAUAAGGACUUUACAGACUCCAACCCAAGUUCCAGUGGUUGUUUCUCCUGGGAAUCAGCAGCUGCAUACUGUAACACUCCAGACGGUGCCUCUUACUACAGUGAUAGCCAGCACAGAUCCAGCCUCAGCAGCAACGCCCCAAAAAUUUAUUUUACAAGCCAUUCCUACUUCACAGCCCAUGACAGUUCUUAAAGAAAAUGUCAUGCUACAGUCUCAGAAGCCAGUUUCGCCUCCUUCCUCGAUUGUGCUGAGCCCAGCACAAGUUCAGCAGGUUCUGACCAGCAGCGUGCAGACAAUUUGCAAUGGAACAGUUAAUGUGGCUUCAUCUCCAUCCUUCACUGCCACCACCCCAGUGGUAACUUUUUCACCCAGCAGUUCACAGGUGGUUGCUCAUCCAUCUGGCACAGUGAUCACUUCAGUUAUUAAAGCAACAGAAGCUAAACAGAUUGGGGUACAAGGAGUGCUAAAAGAAGAUGACGGUGACAAAUUAGAUGAUCCUGAGCAGUCAGAGCAGAGAUUCCAACAGCAGCCGUUUGUGAUGGUAGUAUCCAGUUCAAAUAGUUUCCCAUCUAACAUACAAGCAAAGCAAGAAAAUGAGCCAUUGGAACCCAGUUCAUAUUAAUAAGUUUAAAAAAAAAAAAAAAAAAAAAGACCCUGUGGAUGAUUAUUUUCAUAAAUGUGAUGGGACCUUCUCAGUUUUGUAUAUAUAUAUAAUUUGAUUCAAAAGCAAGACUUACAAAGCUACUUAAUUUCUGCAUUUAAUUGUUAGAAUUCAUGCUUUAGAACAGAUUUUGAUUUUCUGUUAAUUGCUAAAUGUUAUCGUAAAUAAAACUGUGUAUUACUUAAUGUUUCAAAAUACAGGCAUGAAGAAACAUGCUUUUUAUGUUAUGAAGACAUUAUUUUGAGGUUGUUGGCCAAAGUUCCAAACUUCUUUCUUACUGUAUGUUUUCAGUCUGUUGCUGAUUUACAUUGCAAUAAGAUUAUUAUAACCUUUUCCUGUUUAAUCUGUACAUGUAUCACUUAGCUUUUGAAGCAACAGUUACUUUUCAUUGGACGUUUUCAUUCCAUGUGUAUGAAUGUUUAUGAAUAUCUUUCAUACCAGCGAAUUACAUCAAUUUUACAUGUUGAUAACCAGAUCUCCUCUUGCAUUUUUUUGCAGCACAAGCUCUUGUGUGUGCAAAACGGAAUAUACACUCCUAUUGAGAGUACACAAAACAUUUAUAUGGACAAUGCCAUGUCAAUAUUUUAUAAGAAAACAUCAGAUAGAUAUAUUUAAUUACAGAAGCUAACAGCAUCACUACAGGUGCAAAAGUUUCAUGCCAUUUUGUGACUAUGAAGCUUAACAAUCUUGCUUUCUACUUCAGAUUAUUUUGUAGGGGGGAGAAAAAAUAUAUACAAUUUAUGCAGAUAUUCUGAGAUUAAUACUGCUAAGAGUUCUUUUUGAUUGUAAAUAAUGUACAUUCAAUAAGGAAGUUUUUUCAGCUAAUUUGUUUCCAUACAAAUUUUUGAUAGAAGAAAAUAAGAUCAUUAUGUUUAGAGGUUUAAUAUUAUAUGUAUUCAUAUUACAGAGUGAAUUUGUAUUUAAAGACAAAUUUUUAAAUGAUGGAGCCCUCUGAACCUUUGGUUCUUGUCUUUU